AAAGAAAAUGUCGUUUCUGUUUUCCUCUUCCCUCCAUCUCUUACCGCCAUCAAAUCCUGCAACUUCCUUCUCUCACCACCUUCCUCCACGUAUCGCCGCGGUUCCGUCAUCUCAUCCGGUCGGCGGCGUCUUCUCUUUAGCUGCAACUUCUCUGUCUCAUUAUCCCGACGGUCACUCUCGCUGUGGACCGCUUUACUGCUCCUCUUCCGCAUCAAUGUCGGUCGAGGAAUCCACUUCAGCUUCUCAGUUGGAAGAUAGCUUGUUGUACGCGAGAGCUUUUUGGGUGAGCAGAUAUGUGAUAGCGUGGAAUGUGGAAGUUGGAAGCGGUUCGUGCUAUCUGUUUGGCAGUAAAAUGGCUACUCUGCGUGUUAAAGAUGGUGUAGUCGAAGGUUACGACGUGAAGAUUAAGCUGGAAAAAGACCGUGGCCCGCUUCCAGAAAAUGUGAUAAAAAAGUUCCCUCAUAUCCAAAACUACUGCCCUUUCACAGUCCCUCUUGGAUCGGCCGUUGAACCACUCCUCAAAUGUCAACUUGCAGUAGCCACUUUCAACUCCUAUGGUCAAUGCAACAAUAUUACUUGCCUGCAGCUACCUGGUGUUCUGGAUGACUUGUUCUCAUACGAAGGUCCUCUAGGUGCAGUUUACUCGAAAGAGGCUGUAUCACUUUACCUUUGGGCUCCAACUGCCCAGGCUGUACAGGCCCAAAUUUACAAGGAACCAGUGGGUGGGAGGCCAUUUGAAGUUAUUCAGCUUGAGGAGCUUGAUGGCGUUUGGAGAACUAAAGGACCAAAAAGUUGGGAAGGCUGUUAUUAUGAAUAUGAAGUAACGGUCUACCAUCCUAGCACAUUGAAAGUUGAAAAAUGCUUUAGUACCGAUCCUUAUUCUAGAGGGGUUUCAUCAGAUGGAAGGCGGACAUUGUUUGUUGAUCUUGGCUCUGAUGACUUAAAACCUGAGGGAUGGGAUAAAUUGGCUGAUGAGAAACCCCCAUUGCAUUCCUUUUCUGACAUCAGUAUUUAUGAGUUGCAUGUAAGGGAUUUUAGUAUAAGUGAUCAAAGUGUGCAUCCUGAUCUGCGUGGUGGUUACAUGGGUUUUACUUUGCAGGAUUCUGAUGGUAUCACUCACUUAAAGAAGCUAUCAAAUGCUGGUAUUAGUCAUGUUCAUCUACUUCCAACAUUCCAAUUUGGUGGUGUCGAUGACGACAAGUCAAAGUGGAAGUCUCUCGAUAUCGAACUUCUGGAAAAACUUCCUCCAGAUUCAGCUGAACAACAAUCAUUAAUUGCAGAUAUCCAAAACAGCGAUGGGUAUAACUGGGGGUAUAAUCCUAUUCUGUGGGGAGUACCUAAAGGAAGCUAUGCUAGUGAUCCUAAUGGUCCUUGUCGUUUAAUUGAGUUCAGAAAGAUGGUUCAGGCACUUAACCAAAUUGGCCUUCGUGUUGUGUUGGAUGUUGUCUAUAAUCAUCUACAUGGAUGUGGACCUUUUGAUCCAAGUUCUGUUCUUGAUAAGAUUGUACCGGGUUACUAUUUGAGGAGGAACAUUGAUGGUUUCAUUGAGAACAGUACCUGUGUAAAUAACACUGCCAGUGAGCAUUUUAUGGUUGAACGCAUGAUUGUGGAUGAUAUCUUACAUUGGGUAGUUGAUUAUAAGGUUGAUGGAUUUCGGUUUGAUCUUAUGGGGCAUUUGAUGACAAGUACUAUGUUGAAAGCAAAAAACGCACUGCAAAUAUUAACACAGGAAAAGAAUGGAGUUGAUGGUUCAAGUAUCUACCUAUAUGGUGAAGGAUGGGACUUCGGCGAAGUUGCAAAAAAUGGUCGUGGAGUAAAUGCAUCACAGUUCAAUCUUUUUGGAACUGGAAUUGGGAGUUUUAAUGAUCGAGUUCGAGAUGCAAUGCUUGGUGGAUCUCCAUUUGGUCAUCCUCUUCAGCAAGGAUUUGUGACUGGUCUAUUGCUCGAGCCUAAUGAUCAUGAUCAUGGUUCAGACAAAGAAGUGGAAUUCACGCUUGCUGUGUCAAAGGAUCAUAUUCAGGUUGCCAUGGCUGCCAAUUUGAGGGACUACGUUCUAACCAAUUUUGAAGGAAAGGAGGUGAAAGGAUCAGAAGUACGGACUUAUGAUGGAUCUUCAGUGGCGUAUGCUUCUUGCCCCACAGAAACUGUGAACUAUGUUUCCGCUCAUGAUAAUGAAACCCUGUUUGACGUUGUGAGUUUGAAGACUCCGAGAAACAUUACCGUGAAUGACAGGUGCAGGAUGAAUCAUUUGGCAACCAGUAUUAUUGCACUAUCGCAGGGAAUACCAUUUUUCCACUGUGGUGAUGAAUUACUACGCUCAAAAUCAAUGGAUCGNUUGGCAUAA